AUGCCGCCGAAGCAGGCCGCCGCGCCUUAUGCGGUCGAUGAGCGCGUCUUUUGCUUUCACAUGGACAUGCUGUAUGAAGCACGCGUCUUGGAUGUUCAGCAGGUGACAGGGACUGCCGCUGCUGAUGGCCAGCGCUGGCGCUUCCGCAUCCACUACAAGGGCUGGAAGAACACCUGGGAUGACUGGGUGCCCGCCGACCGCGUCCGCAAGUUCAACGACGAGAACCGCGAAUUAGCGGCACAGCUGCGUGACCAAGCCCGGCUUCUGCAGCAGCAGAAGAACGCCAAGGCCAAGAAGCCUGGUCAGGGCCCUGGCGGUCCAGGUGGCUUGGGCGGUGGUGGUGGCCGAUCCAGUCUGACAGCCGCAGCGGCUGGUAUCGUUGGCGGCGGUCCUGGUGGGCCGGGCAGCUUUGGUGGUGGUGGCAGUGGUACGGGCACAGCAACGCCUGGCGAGCGCGGUGGUCGUGACCACCAUCACCUCCUUGACCGGCACUCCGAGAUGGCCUCUGCACGCGGCAGUGAAGAACGGACAGGCGCUGGUUCCCUGGCACACGCACGCGGCCCACGGCGUCAACGGGACUACGACCUUGAACAUACGAUCACUCCUUCCAUGACCGCCGACAACGACUUCCUAAGUAGGAACGCCGUGUCUUUCUAA